AAUACAAGCUGUUGAAGUGAUUAAAGUUAAAUUUUACAUCUAUGUGAAUACUUACAUCUAUCCCUUUCAAAAAUACCCUCUACAUCUUCAAAAUAGAUGUGCCAUACAAGUUUAAGUUUAGUUAUCCCUUAACCUCCAACAAUGUCUUCUUUAAUUCGCAAAUACUGGUUUCAUGCCGGAAUCCUAUUUGCUAUUAUCAUGGCUAUUUUCUAUCCAUCGCUAGGUGAAAUGGGUGGACCCCUGCAACCAGAAAUGACGAUACCAUACAUAGUCACACCAAUGACCUAUUUAUUAACUCUCCAAGAUCACAAUUACUACAAAAACUCGCUAAAUAAUAUGUGACAUGUAUCAAUUAUUUUAUUUCUGUGCUACAUCAUAAGCCCGGUGGUUGCGUACAGCAUUGCAACAAUAGCAAAAUUAUUUUCAGUUAAUGAAUGGAUCUUGAAAGGACUCGUGGCAACCAGUUGUAUGCCUCCCCCGUUGUCUUCUGGGCUACUGUUAUGUUCCAUAACAAAUAACAAGAACCAGAAAAUAAGAGAAUUUGAAUCAUUACCUACAACACAUUUUGAUCAAGAAAUUAUAGAUAUCUCAAAUCUUCCAGAUAACUUAUUAACUGCUGGUUUAACCUGUGUUAUUGGUGCAAUUGUUGGCUGUGUAGCUACACCGAUAUUACUGUUCAUUUUUAUAGGCGUAGGUGCUAUACCGAUGGUUAUAGAAUGCUUAAUUGCCUCAUUGAUAGCUUUAAUAUCAUUAGGUGUUUGUUAUUUCUGUCCAAUAAGGAUUUGCUUUGGCAAAACGAAUUGUAACUUGGCAAUCGCACAAAUGCUAAUGCUAUUCUCCCUUUACUGUGAUAUGUGUGAUGUCUUCAUAGAAGCCCAAGGAGGACUUCAAGCAAUUGACGUUCUAGCUAGUUUAUUACUAGUGUUCUUAUUGCAAUUUGUUCUACUUGUAAUGUCAAAAAUUAUCUGUAAUGCAGAUAAUAAUUCAAAUUUAUUGAUUCCAAUGAUAUUUUGUGGCACACAUAAAUCCGUAACAUUAGGAUUCCCUAUUAUGCAAACAAUGUUUGGCGGGUUGUCACAUCAUAUGUUCUUCAGUCUACCUUUAUUACUUUACUAUGCAACGCAAAUGUUUAUGGCCAUGUUAUUGAUUCAAUCUGGCUAUUUGAAUAAUUAUUGAAUCGUUUCCAGAUAAAAAAAAUUAAAUUAAAAUAAUAAGGUAGUGUAUUAAUAACUAAGUCUUUUUUAUUAAGUAAUAGAAAUAUUUAUAUAAAAUGUAAGAAGAAAUAUUUGAGU